UGGUGAUGGGUUGUCCGGCCGAAUUGGUUGAAAUAAAAUAGUUUGAGCAAAAAUGAGGCCCGAGUCGAGUGGAGGAGAAAGAGCUACAGUGACUCGCUAGUCCCAAAGAAGCCUAGCGCUGGUUCCCCCUGACCAACGCUCAAACAAUCCAGAAAAUAAUAAGGGGCGUGUUGUUCCUAACUACUGCUGUUGCUUCUCUCUAUCUCCUGUGUCUGCUUCUGCUCCCUCUUCGAUCCCCCCCCCAGCUGCUGUUCCCGCUCAUCUUUUCCCGGCUGUUGUCGUUCUCCUUCACUCUUUGAUUCUCCUCUUUACUACACCUCUCUCUGUGUUGUUCUUGAUCUGCUGUUGUUGUCUUCCUCCUCGCUCUUAUUAUGGCUUCACCACAAUCCCCAGCUUCUCCACAGAACACCGUCUUCCCCAGAAGCCAUGUUGGUUUUGAUAGUAUCACCUCGCAGAUCGAGCGGAAACUACUGAAGCGUGGCUUUCAAUUCAACGUCAUCUGCGUUGGCCAAACCGGACUGGGCAAAUCGACCUUGAUCAAUACCAUCUUCGCCUCCCACCUGAUCGAUUCCAAGGGUCGCUUGAGACCAGAUGAGCCUGUGCGUUCAACCACCGAAAUUCAAGCUGUCUCCCAUAUAAUUGAAGAGAACGGCGUGCGUCUACGAUUGAACAUUGUCGACACCCCCGGCUAUGGGGACCAGGUCAACAAUGAUAGAUGCUGGGACCCAAUUGUCAAGUAUAUCAAGGAUCAGCACUCCGCCUAUCUCAGAAAGGAGCUUACUGCUCAGCGUGAGCGCUAUAUUCAGGAUACACGUAUCCAUUGCUGCCUCUUCUUUAUCCAGCCCUCUGGACAUGCCCUGAAACCAAUUGAUAUCGUCGUCCUGAAGAAACUUUCCGAUGUUGUCAAUGUUGUGCCUGUCAUUGCCAAAUCCGACUCUUUGACCCUAGAAGAGCGAUUGGCUUUCAAGGAGAGAAUCAAGGAGGAGUUUGCCUUCCACAAUCUCAAGAUGUACCCCUAUGAUAACGAUGAAUUGGAUGACGAGGAGCGAGCUGUUAACGCUCAAAUCAAGGACAUCAUCCCUUUCGCGGUUGUCGGAAGCGAAAAAUCCAUCAUCGUCGGUGGUAAGCAAGUCCGCGGCCGCCAGAACCGCUGGGGCGUGAUAAACGUCGAAGACGAGAACCAUUGCGAAUUUGUCUACCUCCGCAAUUUCCUCACGCGCACCCACCUCCAGGACCUAAUCGAGACCACCAGCCAGAUCCACUACGAGACCUUCCGCGCGAAACAGCUGCUGGCAUUGAAGGAGAGCAGCGCCACGGCGCAUUCAGGUGGCAGCCGACCCAUUAGCCCCUCCGCAGACCGGGAAUUGAGCAGGAACUCUCAAAGAAUGACCAUGAACGGCUAUAACUAAAGCCUUUUCAAUGGCGAUUAUUGCCCAGGUAGCCACCUAACUCAGCCUUUUGUCGGAGGAAUUUCUAUUACCCACCUUGUAUCACCUUCCUCGUUGGAUGCAAGUACUCGUUGACUACACCCGAGCGACGAGCAAUUGGGCCUUUUCUAGAACCCAAGCACGCAACUUCUCCUUUUCUUCUUCCAUCUCCAGGCCAUACUUUUACCGCAAGUCUCCUUACCGAUAUCCCUUUAUAACUCUUUUCUUAUGUGUGUGUAUUCAUUUCAUUUCCUUCCUUUUCCUCUGCCUUUUCCACUUUAUUCCGCUUUACUUUUUGUCACUUGCCCUCGCUGGAGCUACUCCACCUCUCUUCUUUUCCCCCGGCUCUGGCGAUGACUGUGCUUUGGUCCGACACAUUUUUCCUUAACCAAUUUUUGCUCGUAAUAUUUUUACAGAAGAGUAGAAGGAAAGACGGAACGGAAGGAGCCCGAGCUAGCGACACAAAAUAUAUGGCGAGCAAAGUUUCAAUUUUCCCCGUAAUGUCCUUCAGCAAGUCUUACUUAUUUAUUAUAUCCUUAAUUAUUUCACUGGAUUGUUUUUAACACGCCCUUCAUUUUCUUCUUUUUCCUCCUCUAACGUUUCCUUCAGCUCUUUUUCACUUUUUCUUUCCAGUUUGCUUUCCUACCAUCCGCCAUCAAUAGCUAUGUUUGUUUUGUUCUAUCUUUUUUUCCCUGUUUUUAUUCGUUUUUCUGUAGGUGUAAAAUGAGAAACAAACUAAAAGGUAACCCUGCCAAGCGCACUCACUCUCUCUAGUGAGUGCACCCUGUAAUAUCACUGUGCAACUGUAAUGAUGGAGAUGUUCUUAGAGUAGUUGGUUGUUAUUAUGAGAAGCUAGCUGCUACGUGGCCUUUUAUAGGGAGCUUGCGAUCGCCGAUCAGCAAGCGUGAGGCGGAAGCAGUUGGCCUGCAAGGGAGGCAAUUCAACAUCCCCCUUAGCCACCACUCUGAGUCUCUGCCUGAGUAGACAUUUGCAAUCCAGCAGAGCAGCUGUAUAACUAGGAAAUGAGAUCUACAUACAAGAUUAAGAGUGUCAUCUGCUGACAAUUUCACAGAAGACUGACAAGAAUUAGAAGAUAAGAUAGA